ACUACCUUAAAAGGUGUUGUUAAAAAGGUCAAAGUCGAGAAGAGCCAAACAUUAAAUGAUAUUAAAAGCAAGGAAAUCUUACAAUAUAGUAAUAAUGGUGAGAAAUUAAUUAAUUUUGAGAGUGAGAAUCCUGUAAAAAGUGAAAUAGACGGAGAAUUUAUUUUAGACGAUGAGGUCAUAAAAGGAAUCAAUCAUGAUUCGAAAGAAUUAUUAAUGCUUGAACUUGCAACCAACACAUCCACAUAUUCACUCCGUGAAAAACGGUCAUACCCACCAGUUACGGAAGAUACAAAAACAAAAGCCGAUGAACGCAGUUCAUCAAAAGCAGUUAAAAAUACAAAAGUAUUUUGCCAAUCUAAGGGUGAAACUUCUACAGAAAUUGUUUCGAACACAACAAAUGUAGCUUCAUCCAUUUCGAACGAAACCCAAUCAUCAAUACCAUCCCUACAAGAAACAACCAAAACGAUUACAUCAGGUCCAAGCGAUGUACAGAGCAGAAUUAUAGGUUCUGACAUUGCCACAAAAGAAGAUACAGUUAUGUCAACAUCUGUUGGCAAAAAAGGGCCAACACGCAAGCUUGGAAGACCUCCAAAAUUACAAGAACCACAACGUAAAACGAAUCCACGAACUUGGACAUGGCAAAAAAAGAAAAAGGAUCUAAAAACGAUUUUAACAAAAUUAAUGGAUCAAUUUAACAAGAAAGACGCGUAUGGUUUCUUUUUAGAACCAGUCGAUACCACUAUCGAAGAUUUUACUCUUGUGUGUAAUAAUUGUAAGACAUAUAAUGCACCAGAAACACUUUAUUAUAAAAGUGCGGACAAGUUAUGGCAAUUUGGUGAAAAAGCAAUAGAACGUGAAAGAGAUAGCAUUCUUUUGGAAGAGGAGAGAAUGAAAGCAAUGGUAGCUAGUGCAGGGACGGAGAUCGGACCUCGUGGAAAUAAACCUAGUGGAAAAAGGGCUGUAAAUGUUGCACAAGGCGUCACAUCUAGUAGAGCAUCAUCUGUUUCAAGGUCAGGGAGACAAGUUAGAAAACAAAGAAGAGGGGAAGCACGUAAACAAUUUGCUCCCGACGGUUCACUCAUACAUAAUGAUCCAUUUGCCUUAAUUCCACAACCACCGCCCUUUGGUGAGACACCACUCCUUACAGUUAUAUCAUCUAAAACUCAACGUCAAGCACGCUUUGAAGAUUAUGGUCCGUUUGCAACAUUGGGGGUUGAUCCACCUUUUUUCACGCCAGCAGAUAAAGAAUACAUUUACAAUAUGUUUGGAGAUGAGAAGGGCUAUGCAUACGCAAAGAGCCUUAAAGCGUUUGUGGCGGAUAUGGGCGAAGACAUGAAUGUGCACGUGGAUAAAAUAAUAGAUAAUUUAACUUUUGGUGUUCAUAGCCUUGAUCGACAAGUGUCGCGUAUAUUGUCUAAUUUAGAUCCCAACAGGCCCAUUGAUACUUCAGUUAUUAUUCAAACCGAACUUGGACCUGUGAAUGUGGGUGAAGAAAUUGAACGAAAUAGGCAGCUUUCAGAGAUCAAGAAGCAACAAACUGAGCUAGAUGUGUGGCAAAAAGAUAAGAUUGAUUUAGACUUUUUGGUCAGUGAUCAAGAAAUAAUAGCUAUGACGAAAUCGAUGGGGAGUGAUCAGCAAAGUUUUCAAAAAAUGUUAGAACUCAAUGCUCAGAAUUUAAGUGAAUUAAUCAAGGUUAAGCAAGGUGUUGGUAAUUUGGAGUCACAACAAAAAGAAAAACAACUUUUUUCUGAGGUCAACAUUCGACUUUUUAAUCUUGUCCAGCAUGUUCCAAUGAAUGAGAUAUCUUCAAGCACAUCUUCCCCAUCGCAUUCAAAUGCAAUAUCCAGGAUACAACCAUUUGUACAAGAUCAAAUUCGUCCACAAGUACAGUCAUGUAUUUCUGACCAAACGACCAUGUCGUCGUUUUCGCAAGCGCAGCCGCAAAUAUUGCCAAAACGUUCUGCUAGUAUUAAUUCCACACCAGCUCUAAUCUUGCCUAAUGUCGAACAAAAUGAUACAAUCAGUGCAUUAGCGCCUGCCUCUAUUUUGCACGAUAGCGCAUCCAAUAUUCUGGCCUCUAUGAGAGUGCGUCAAAAGCCAUGCAAUUAUAAUCCGGCUGGAAAAUGUGCUAAUUGCCAAACCACUGAUACGCCGGGAUGGCGGGCAGGUGAGACACCUGACCAAAAACUCUGCAACG